AUGCUUCUCUUCAUUCUCCUCUGUCUAUCAUGGCUGACCCGCGCAGCUCCAGUCGACCCCCUCGCACCCGAUCUCGACCCCCCAACCAACACAACCAGCUAUAUCUCAGCCGCCUACUACGUGAACUGGGCAAUCUACGGCCGAAACCACCACCCGCAGGACCUCCCCAUCAACAAGCUCACCCACGUCCUCUACGCCUUCGCCAACAUCAACCCGCAGUCCGGCGAGGUCUACCUCACCGACCCCUGGGCCGACCUCGAAAAGCACUACGCCGGCGACUCCUGGUCCGAGCCCGCCGCCGCCAACGCCUACGGCUGCGUCAAGCAGCUGUUCCUGCUGAAGCAGCGCAACCGCGCGCUGAAGGUCCUCCUCUCCGUCGGCGGGUGGACGUACUCGAAGAACUUUGCCGCGCCGGCGAGCAGCGCGGCCGGGCGGAAGAGGUUCGCUGAGUCGGCCGUCAAUAUCAUGCAGGAUGUUGGGUUUGAUGGGAUUGAUGUUGAUUGGGAGUACCCCGAGACCGACGCCCAGGCCACCGACUACGUUUUCCUGCUGCAGGCCGUCCGCGAGGAACUCGACCUGUACAGCCGCGCACACGCAGACGGCAAACACUUCCUCCUCACCGUCGCCAGUCCAGCCGGUACCCUGUCCCUCCCCCCUUCCCCCUUUCCCUUCCCACUAAGUAACAGGCUAGGCCCUUCGCACUUCACAACCCUAAAACUCUCCGCCAUGAACGCCCACCUCGACUUCUGGAACCUCAUGGCAUACGACUACGCCGGCAGCUGGGACCGGACAGCCGCGCACAGCGCGAACCUGCACGCCGCGGCGGACGGCAACGCCAGCACGCCGUUCAACACGGACCAGGCGGUCGACUACUACACGGCGCAGGGGGUGCCGGCGCGGCGCCUCGUGCUGGGGAUGCCGCUGUACGGGCGGGCGUUUGCGGACACGGACGGGCCGGGCAGCGCGUUCCAUGGGGUCGGCGGCGAGGGCAGCUGGGAGGCCGGGGUGUGGGAUUACAAGGCGCUGCCGAGGGCGGGCGCGGUGGUCAGCGAGAUGGAGGCCGUGGGUGCGGCGUGGAGCUAUGAUGCGGCGAGGAGGGUGAUGGUUAGCUAUGAUACGCCGGCCGUGGCGCGGUGGAAAGGGGCGUAUAUUCGGGAGAGGGAGUUGGGGGGUGCGAUGUGGUGGGAGAGUAGUGGGGAUGGGGGUGGGGAGGGGAGUUUGAUUAGUAUUCUGGUUGAUGAACUCGGGGGCGUUGCUGCGCUCGAUCAGAGCGAGAAUCACCUCGAGUAUCCGACUUCGCGGUUCGACAAUCUGCGCAAGGGGUUCACUAGUUCUUCAACUCCUUCAGGGAGAUAG